AUGGCCAAACCGUACUUUAUUGUCUUCUCCUCGCCUGACGAACUUCUGGCCAAUGGACUGGAAGUAUUCACUCCAGAAAGUCUUGGCCAUGAAUGCCCUGUCUGCCUUGAAACCUGGCACAGCGAUCCUUCAGAGCCAGUAAGAACCCUCUGCGGACACGAGUUCCAUCGAGACUGCCUUGCCUCUUGGGUGAAAACCGGCAAGGGAAAUAGAGGGACGUGCCCAACUUGUCUCGAUGUCCUCUGCGAGCGAGUAGGAGCAUCCACUAGCGAGAAUGACGCUUCUAUUACUCCUUCAGACCAAGUUGUGGACGCUGCAGCACUUCUCGUCAACAUUGGCCAUAUUCAGUUCGAGGAAGACGCGAUAAUCACGUCCUCGUCUGCAACUUGGAACAACCACGUUCAACAACAUGCCUGCUUUGACGCAGACGCAAGCGACGUCAACUGGCCAGAACUUAUUGUUGAAGCGCUAGUCAAUCGCAGGAAAGUGGUCAAGAGUAGCAUGGACCCGUGGAGGCUAGUCACCACUGACGACUUCGAGGAUGUCAAGACUAUAGUUGUUUCCCUGAUGCAAUGCGCGGAGGAGGCAGGAGUUGACGUAUCUGUCAUUCGAGAUAUCUUGGCAAUACUUGGAGAGUACGAGGAGAAUUCUGACACUCGUAACGUCGAGGACGUAUUCGAGGAUAUAGGUUUGCAGGACUUGCUAGGGAGCUACAAGAGCGACGACGAGUCAAUGGAGUGGUUGAAAGAACGCCAGUCAUCUGAAGAUGCACAAUCAUUUCGAGAUUUCGCAAAGUACAACAAGCUGGAAGAAUUUGGGGGUCUAUGGCUCAGUCUGCCACCAACUACACAAGAAGUCCAUAGAGCGAGGACGUCUAGAUGGUCAAUGUCUUCCGAAGAGAGUGAAGGCUAUGUUGCAGAGAAUACAACACCUGGUAGGGGUACUAACGCGCUACAGAAGUCUGCACGGAGCAAGACCAAAUCUAUCAUGUCUAGAUUCCAAAGAAGCCUGUCGAUCACACAUCGGAGACCAUCCACUCCUGCGAUGGUCUCAAAAGAUGUUCAUGUACAGGUUGUACCGAAUUCUACCUGUCUCUGGUACUUCUACGAUGUAAUGUCUGUCGAGUACGGAGCGCGUACAACAACGUUCACAUCAUACGGCAACAUCACGCUACAAGUAAUGAAUGAGGCAGUUGAAAUCAAAGUAGAGUCUGGAGGGACGGUAGUGCUUGCGUGGACGGCUUUCGAAGAGUUGGGAGACAACCCUGCGGCUACAGUGACCAUCCCGCCUGGUCGCGUGUACGAGAUUCGAGAUGUUGAGAACGUCCGUGGAGAAAGCGAGCAGCAUGGUACGACUAUAAUUGAGGCAGCGAAAACUCUUUUGCGAGUUGAUGGACCUCAUAUCUGUCGCUGGAGCCACACAAAAAAGAUAGUAAUCGUUCAAAACGACAUCGCAUAUCCUUUAGGACAUGCCGACAAAUCUUGA